AUGCCUACCGCUACUGGCAGUAGUAUUAGCAGUAAUAGCAGUAGUAGUAGCAGCACUAGCAGUAGCAGCAGCAGUAGUAGUGAUAGCAACAACAAAAAUAGUAACACUAUGCACAAUCAAAGUGCGAUGAAAAAUUACGAAAGCAGUCAGCAACACAUAAAAAAAAAUUCCACUGUCACGACAACGCUCGAAGAACAUGAGGAUAGUCAGAUGUCCAGUUUGAGCUUUUCUGAUCGAGAUGAUUUUGUUUACGGUACAAAUACAAUGAGCGAAGAGGAGGAAGAAGAAGAGGAUAAGAACAGUAGCAUAAGCAGUGAGCAGACUACACCGAAGAAGUUAACAAACGCGGAUGUUCAGAAAAAGAGUCUGAUUAUGGGUCGUAUCUUUAAAAAGGGUGGAGCAAAAGAUAAACUUAUAGGAGAUACUGGGUUACGAAAAUGUACAACAGCUUCUCCUGCAGCCACUCCUGUUACAGAGGUGCCACACAAGGUUGCAGGUGCGGCCGUAGCCACAAAAGCAACAACUGUUAAAUCCACUGUCAAAGACUUCGAUAAGCUGUUCGACACGCUGAAAAAUGAUGCUGUGUUGGGAAAUGAACAGCAGAAUAGCAAUGAACCAGAAUCCGAUAUUCAACACACGGGAUCUUGUGGAGAAGAAAUACAUCUUGUGACAAUGGGUGUUAAGGAUAUACUUGCCGAACACCCACCAAAUAAUUCCGACCAUUCAUAUCAUCCUGGACACAAAAAUCUCGAAAAAAUCGAUAACGGUACAGAGCGAUUGCGUCGGCGAAGAACUGGCCAACAAAAGAACCUAACGGAAACGUGGGAUUCGGAUGAGUUCGAAGACUUUCAAACGGAUGAUAUCAUGAGGUUAAUCGAUCGAACUGAAGAUGAUGAGAUAAACGACAAUACAUUGUCUAAGAAAAGGUUACCGUUAUUGAGAACAACUCAACAAAAGGAAAAAUCUGGAAAUUUAGAGUGUAUAUCAACUGACGGUAGGAAGCAAACAUCUGCUCUCAAUAACAAUUCUAACAAUGAGAAAGAAUAUCACAGAAUAGAACUGGAUAAGCAUGUUGUAUCGAAAAAAGGAAUACACUCACUUAUCGAUAAGAAACCAUCAAAAUCUGACACCACAGUGACGGACGAUACUAUUCGAAAAGUGAUGGAAAGUGUAAUAUUGGAAACAAUGGGUAAAAGUUGUAACAUCAACAAGCGUAAACCAACAGCAUUGAAUACGGAUAGUACGGCAGCUUCCAAUACUAAGGCGCUACUAGUUUCGUCUAACAGUGGCAACCAUUAG